AUAGACGCCCGACUCGACCAGCCCCCCUAUCAUCGUCUCCUCCGCUCUUUCUUUCUUUGAAGCUAAGCUAAUAUGGCGACUUCCAUCAUCUCUUCCCCUUCGCAAUUUCCGGCCGGUUUGCCUCGCCGGCGUGCGAGUCUCCUCCGCCUUCCGAGGAAGGGAAACACGGUUGGAUUUGCCCAUAAGAAAGAACCCUACGGUUCGGGUUUCGAGGGCCGCCUCGUCGACGAGGAUAUGAUACUGCUGCGGAAGAAGAUCCACGAGAUGAGGAUGGCGGAGACGAACUACGAGCCGCCGUCCAACUGGAUGGAGUGGGAGAAGCGGUACUACACGAGCUACGACUCCGAUGUGUGCGAGGUGCUGGGCCUGCUGCAGACCCUUCUGAUGAACACCAGGCCUAGCUUGGCCAUUGGGAUGGCGGCCCUUCUUCUGUUCAGUGUACCCACAUCGGUAAUCCUGAUCCUGUACCAUUUGAUGGAGGCAUCCACCUCCAUUCUCUCCGCAUCGCAUCUUACUUGAUCAAUAUCUGUAGCUAUCUAUAAGAGUAAGAAACUUUUUCCUAGAUUAGCUUAUUUUCUUUCGUUGUUUAUGCCUCCAGGCCGGACGAGUUGGACGGCACAUAUAUCUAGUAAAGUUGGACGGUAUCGGUUUUUAAUUUA